AUGACUACUCCUUAUCGGUACCCAAAGAAGCAAAAGGAUGAGAUUGAGAAAGCCAUUAAGGAGCUUCUUGACAUGGGAUACAUUAGGCCAAGGAAGAGCCCUUUUGCUUUGACUGUAGUUUUGGUUAAGAAGAAGGAUGGGACCAUGCGCAUGGGAGUGGAUUACCGAGCACUCAAUCAGAAAACUAUAAAAAAUCAGUACCCUAUCCCGAGGAUAGAUGAGCUCAUUGACGAGAUACAUGGUGUCGUUAAAUCAUGGACCGAGCACUUACAACAUUUGGAUGAGGUACUUAGCAUCCUGGAGUCUGAGUUAUUGUUUGCAAAGGAGUUGAAAUGUGAAUUUGGCAUGAGAGAGUUGCUCUAUCUUGGUCACAUUAUCAGUGCAGAGGGUGUGAAGGUUGAUCUUGAAAAGAUAAAGGCUAUCAUUGAUAGGCCUCCACUUGAAAACAUAACACAUUUGAAAGGAUUCUUGGGUCUAUGUGGUUUCUACCGGAGGUUUGUGAAGGGUUACUCUCAGUUGGCUGCCCCCCUCACGGAUCUCACUAAGAAAGGAGCCUUUGAAUGGUCAGAAAAGGCACAAGCGGUGUUUGAUCAGUUUAAGGAGAUUAUGAGCUCGUGCAUUGUUUUGGUUUAA